UCAGAAAAGACCCAUAGACAUGAUCGUCGACCAAUCAGAGCACACAUGCAAACGAUUUGAUGCUCCAGCAACAGUUACUACACUGAUGAGAGCAGCUUUUUAAGGGCGGAGCUUAAUGACAUCGUCAGCCAAUGGGCGGGAAGACAGAAAGGGGGCGGUGCCAUGUCCAAUGACUGGCAGCAGGGAGAGACAGAUUCAGAGGGAGGGAAGGAGAAGAAGGAGGCUUACAUCUCAUCCACCUCUCUCUCUCUCUCUCUCUCUCUCUUUCUCUCUCUCUCUCUCCUCCUUCAGCAUCUGCAUCUCAUCGAGCAUUCUCCUCUGUUUCUCCUGUGUGAGUAUGAGUGUGUGUGUGUGAGUGUGUGUGUGUGUUACAGUGGAGAAUAUUUCUCUGCAUCUCUCUGCUGGUACUUAGAGACUGUGCCCAUCCGUUGCCUUGGCGAUGGGCUGUAGGCUGUCAGGGCCGUGGAUGAGCGACGGAACAAUGGGGGUAAGUGCACAAGAUCUGAGGUACAUACGGAACCAUGAGGCUCUACGGAUCCUGGCCAGCUGCGAGCAACCAAUCACAGUGCAGAUUGAAGGGGGAAGGGGGCGGAGCUUACAGUAUCAUAGAUCAUCAGACAGCAGCACACAGGCAAAGCAACCAUGGGACAAUGUCUCCUCCGACAGGCCCUGCUACAGUCACAUGACCCUGCCUGGUAACCAUGGAGAUGGAGGAAGAUAUGAGUAUCUCCCAAACACUCCGCAAGACCUAGAGGACAUGCAAGCAGUUCCACGUCAUGAUCCUGAGUUCUCUCCUAAAGCUGCUGAGAAACAGAACUGUCUCCUCUCAUGCUGCAACUCCAACAUGGAGGAACCGAGCAGCUUCCAGAGCCAGACGGAGGAUGAGGACUGCGUGUUGGAGAAGAAACUCGGGUAUCUCCCCCUCCAUCAUGAGCUGGACAGCGGCCUCGGCUGGACGGAUGGCAGCUUCCACCAGGGGGAGCUCUCAGGAGUGGAGACCGAGGAGGGGUUAGAGGAGUGCCACACACACCAGGGAGGUCGGGGAGCGCGAGUACGAGGAGGAUCACCUUCGUCUGAGUCGUUCAUUUCAUCGGAGCUGAGCGACUCGGGCUUCUACAGCGUGAGCACAGCUGAAUUCCUGCGCUUUCAGCGUCUGCUGGAGAAACGCAUGCGGGUGUAUAACUCACGCCUCCACCACCAGGGGGAGCUGCAGAACCUGUGCAUGGACACACAGAAAGCACAUCGUGAGCUGGAGGCCAUCCCCGAGGCACUGGCCACACAGCAGGACAGCGAGUGCGUGGAGACGGACCUUCACCCACGGCAGAUGGUCAGGGUUGCGUCCGUGCAGCUGCACAAAAGCGAGCGUCCUUGUCUGAACUGCCACAGCUCAAGCAGCGCCCCUAUUUUCUCCACCUGCAGUUCACCCUGUGGCCUGCAGAGAGGGUACAGUAGUACUGCUGCAGGCAUGCUAAGGAGGAGCAGGACACUGCAUCACCGCCCGGUUCAUGUGGAGCAGCGUAGGAGGGCGAGUCACCCGGCAUCACCUAACUACCGCAGCGUGACAUUAAACCGCUUCGGACACGUGCUACAGCAACAGUUAACUGAGGAAACUGAAGCAGAUGUGCUGUACAAUGCUAACUACCACAUGCACCCUGUUAAUCAGCCUGUGCCUAAUGCUAAUCAUCGUACACAUCAUGCUAAUCACCCUGUUCACCAUGCUAAUCAUAGUACACAUCAUGCUAACCACCCUACUCUCCAUGCUAGCUACUUUACACACCAAAGUAACCACCCUACACACAAUUCCCAUCUUGCUAACUACACCACAUUGCAUGCUAAUCAUUCUGCACAAACUAUGCACCACGCUAACUAUCUUACACACAUUGCUAAUCAAUCUGCACACCAUGCUAACAAUUUAACACAUUCUAAACAACAGGCUAAUAUUCCUCCACACCCCUAUCAUGUGACUCUUCCUGCCCAGAACACACAACACACUCGCACCACACUCACCUUACAUGCUCCACACCACGGCAACACCCAUGCUACGCUUCCCUCACAACACACACACCGCACCAACGAGACACACGCACCGUGCGACACACAUCACGACCACUUCCAUGUCCCCACCCCAUACAUGCAACACUCCCAUGAUAUACCUGCAGCACAUGCUGCAUGCCACGCCCACAUUACACUUCCAGUCCAAGACUCACACCGCAUCCAUGAUAGGUUAACAUCCGAUAGCCACACCCACGCUAUGUUCCCGGCACAGCACACACCCCAUACGCACGCUACACUCCCAGCACAACACACACAUUACACGUCACGGACACGCCCCAAGCAUGCUAUAAGCCAGCCCAGUCUCUCCAGCUCCAAUGAUGACCACCAUUUUGCUCCGCUUCCAGAGUCCUACUGCCAUGAUAACAGGGGGAGGAGCUUCACUGAGCCACUUACAGGUGGAAGACAGGAACGUGAGAAAGAGACUUCAGGAGAUCGAGAAAGAGGGCGGUUCCAUACGCUCAGUCACACUCCCUCUCAGGAAGGAAAUGACACUUGGCCCAAAACAACCAAUCGGCAUGGUCCAUACAGCACCCUCGAGGGUCACAUGACCACAACGACAUCUUCAGCAUGCAAAUCUCCCGCAGGAGUGGUGAACCCGCGGGCGAUGCGUAACCAGCUGCUGCGUGAGCGUGCACUAAGGCUAGCAGAUGAGCGCAGCGGUGGCAUUAGCACAGAUGAUGAGACCAACGUGGAGAUCCGGAGGGCGGGUCGCUAUUGGAGCCGCUCAGAACGGCGGGAACAGGUGCUGCAAAAACAACGACAGAAGCGGGAAGCUCUCAGAGGGGGCGGAGCUAACAGCAACACCAGCAUGGGUGGAGACAGCAGCGGAUACAGUGUGCUGAUGGAGUUGAGUCAGAGGAAAUUGAGUCGUCUCAGGAACAGGAAGCUGCUGGACGACUGGACGACGGUAGAGGAGCUGCUGACUCACGGAACACGACUCGGAACUCAUGAUGAACACAUCCAGAUCCCAAACUCCCUCCUCACCGUCACCACUGUAUAACCACACACACACACACACACACACAGUGUGGCAUUAUGGGAAAUUUACUCAGCUAUACGCCCUCUACCCAGGCAGGAAGGAUUCUGAUUGGUUAUGUGUCACAGCCAAUGAGAGCUGAGAGUUAGUUUUUAUUUCAUUUUGGCUUUUUCUUCUUCUUUUUUUUGAUGACAUUCAAAACGUGGCAAUUAGCACAUUAACGUUUGUUUUGUUUAUCCCAAGGCCGCAUUCAGCACAAAAUGUUAGAUUAUUAGCUUACAUCUGACUAACAUCCUGCAGCAACAAGUUUAUUAAAGCACGAAGGGAAACAGUGACAUACCAGCAUCUUAAAUUCAGACUGAAAUGUUAACCAGCGUUUUAUAGACUGCAGACUUUUACAGACUUUAUUAGCGAAUAAACAAAUCAACUCCCUCAUACUUAUAGUGGAGUAUGAGGAUGAUGAGGAUGAUGAGGAUGAUGAGGAUGAUGCUAACUGCAGGAGUUUAGCUUCCACACAUCACACACACCUGACAGGUGAUUUAACUCAUUUCCACUGGUCCCCUCACAUCAUAAUCCUCUCUACAAUUUGAAGACAUUUGUCUGAGUAAAUCUCCCACAAGCCUUUGCGUGUACGUGUGUUUUACUGCCUUGACCACAUGAGGCUACCUCCUGUCUCCAUGGUAACUGUAUAUCAGUGUUUUACAGCUCUGUAGUGUAGAGCUCUUUUAAUGAGACACAGUACACUUCAAUUCUCCUCACACACACACACAAACACACAUACGGUACCUGACAGAAGUAAGUGCACCCCUCACAUUUAUGUAAAUAUUUUAUUCUAUCUUUUCAUGUAACAACACUGAAGAAAUGACACCGUGGUCCAGUGUAAAGUAGUGAGUGUUCAGUCUGUAUAACAGUGCCAGCGGUUUAGACAUUAAUGGGUGUGUGUUGAGUUAUUUUGAGGGGAACACAAACUGAACACUACUUUACACUGGAGCACAGUCAUUUCUUCAUUUUUGUCACAUGAAAAGAAAUAAUAAAAUGUGAGGGGUGUAUUUACUUCUGUCAGAGAUAUGUGUGUGUAUAUAUAAUGUGUGUGUGUAUGUGUGUGUUUAUAAAAAAAAGGCGUAAAUGCUGCAAUCUGAUUGGACCACCUAGAGCAAUAUGGCACCGUGUAUACGGCGGCUCUGAGACGCACUGAAAAAAACCCCCCAGACAAUUUAUGGUCUCAAUGGUGCUAAUGAGAGCUAAUGAUUUUUUUAGAAUGAAUCAGAGGUAAACUUUCUCAAAGGUCAACACAUUUGCACAAAAAAAAUAACGAUGUCAGAUUUCACUGAUUGUCUUCCAGCAAUGUGGGCGUGGCUCUUUACAAUCUGACCCCGCCCAUCACCUGAGACGAUCAUUAAACCAGUUACUCUGGGAAAAAAGCAUCCAAAGCCAAACACUAUCUCUCUCUCUCUCUCUCUCACACACACACACACACACACUCACACACACACAAAAACUGGACAGGAAGUGAAGAAGCAAGUGGGGAAGAGAAGAUCAGAUAAAUGAUAAACAGGAAGUGAUGUAGGAGACCAGACAAGACAGGAAGUAGUCAUUAGUCAGAUCUUUAUGAAGUCAUUAGUUGUGUAGAUAAUUAUUUUUUCUUGUGCUCACACUUUGAUGUCAUAAAGAGAGAGAUUUUUAUGAUGAUUUGUAAAUUCUGUGUGUAUAUGAAGGUGUGCUGGACCUCCUCAGUGACUCAACCCUGACACUUUGAUGUUUUUGAUGUUCUCAUGUGAAAACAUUUUGCAGUAAUAUGAGGAGAUUUUCUUAUUUCACUGAUGGGAGUCUGAACAUUUUGUCCUUCAGCUUUUCAGUUUGAGUGUUUAAAAAGUUUCUAUUUAUUUGUGGCUGCUUGCAGAUUUGAUUCGAGUUUCAUUGUACCAGUGAAUUUACUUCUGAAUUUUUUAUUCGAUUUUACUUGAUGAACAUCAGGAUGUUUGGUUUCCUCAUUUGCACUGAGACACGCCCUGAAGUGUUUACAACGCCGUCCUCACGGUCAAGACCACGCCCAAGACCACGCCCACACCAGUUCUCCCAGUUACAUGAGUUUGAUGAAGUCACUUUUACUCUCCACUGUUGCACACACACACACACACUACGGUCUUGAGGACGGAUUCAUAUUUUUGCCUAAAUCGUGGCAUUUGAUUGGCCACGCCCACACACACCCUGCA